UCCUGCUUUGUUUUUAACCAUUGCUCAACUGUGUGAAGUUCUGAGAACUUUGGCGUGUAAGACUUUGGGCGCCUUUUUGGGAAAAGAACUUGCAGAUCAGCUCCAGUGUACUUCCGAUGAGGACAAAAUCUACUAGUGAGGAAGAGAACUUGAACUCCUAGAGAAACCUAAUGGACAAUCUCCUCAACCGAUGGUAACAAUAAAAAAAUCCAGAUGGGGUGCAAGUGCUGUAAAAUAAUACAAAGCUACCUCUUUGAUGCAGUUCAAGCACCAUCCCCUGACUAUGUCAGUGAAGUAAGCAGCACCAAGUUGGAUGAAGACCACACUGAUAACUUAAAAAGUCGGAGCAGUGAGGUUUUGGUGCAUAAAAAUGCACUCUGGGGCGAGGGCUUGAGGAGGACGGAGAGCAGAAGCAGGGAAGCUGGCCCACAGGAGCCCUGCGGGCCUCCCCAAGGAUCACUCCCUCAGGGGUACCCUGGAGAGGGGCUCUGCACCAAGCCUGGAGGCACCGCCAAUGGCAUUGGCCCCAGUGCCUCCCCGGAAUCCUCCAGAAACCUCUGGCCUCACCCUGGGCCCAUGGGCUCUUGGGCCAGCACUGCAGACAGUCUUCACUCAGCUCAACCCUUCCUUGAAGGCAGGGACACCGGGAGCCAGGACUGUGUGCCACCUGCCUCGGGAGAGACUCCAGCCGUGGGCAGAGGAGGCUGCAGGGCUCCUGCUGAGGCGGAGAGCCCAGUCUCGGAAGGACAAGCCCACAUCCCCCAGCUGCCAGUCCCGGAUUACCCUCAGCUGUGGGACCCGGCUGGGGACAGUGAGGAGCAGGAGGAAAAGGACUGUCUCUUUGAGACUCAUGCAGAGAAUGAGCCCCUGGCAGAAGUUCAUCCUGGGUUGACCGAGUAUGAACUAAAUAUUCCCUUCCCCAUGCAAAGGAACUGGGACUCCUUGAAUGAGGCAGUGGCAACUGAGGUUCUAAGUAUCUACUUUAACGAGAAGGGUCCUGCUCAGGUCGUGCCUAUAGCUGACUCCAGGAGCAAGCAGAUGCCUGCCCAGGGCUCCGAGGGAGACAGCGAGGAGGAGGAAGAGGACGAGGAUGAGGCGGUGGCAGAAGCCCUUGCAGCAUUAGAAGCAGCUACUGCAGGAGAAGAUGAGGACGAGGCAGAUUAGAAGACAGAAUUGGGGUGGGCAGGGGAGUCAGUGCCAUGCUAAGUAAGGGGAGACGCCUUUGCUCCUUGGGACACAGAACUGACCAUUUGCUGCAACUUAGGAGUUGUUUACCUUCAGCAUCUGCUGUGAUGGUGGGUGCGUGGGCUGUGCUGCUUGUUAAAUACUUGUAGCUUCACUAUGUGAAUGGGCCCUGGCUCAGGACACCAGGAUAAAUAUCAGAGUGAGCUGCUGUGCUCACUGAGAAAUUGAGCGCCCAGCUUGCCAACGGUCACAGCCCUCAACAUCUGGUGCAGAUGUUGUGAGAACGCUGUGAAGUCCCCUCUCCUAGCCCCAAGGGCACACAGUCGCUGAGCACCAUGUUCAACUGUAAAUUCUUUGUCUUGCUUGUGAGAGCCAAAUGUUGUCCUCAGCCUGGAAAAGGUAGCUACCCCUUUAAAGUGCCUACCACGUUCAGGGACAGUCACCCAGGGAAUUAAUAAUUAACCACUUGUUGGACACAAGUUUGGUUGAGCAGCUUUCAGGGGGAGUCGAAGUGACCGGUAACCAAAUGGUUAGUCUUUUGCAUGAUAGCAAAACACCUUGACCUUAACUUUUUUUACAUUGUGACUUUUUAAAAAUCUCUUUUAAGGUUGGGGGGGCCAGGGCAAAAACAGUUCUUAAAACUUCAUUUGUCCUAUUUGGGCUUUAGAUUCAUGAAUUUUUAGAAUAGCAAAAGUAUAUGUGGAAGGGUUUAAGCCAUUAAAAGUGUGAUCCUAAUGAAAAUACAACAGCUUGUCUCUCUGUAUGGACUUAGAGGUGGCUCUGACAUAGCUCCUUGUAAAACUGAAAAGAGUUAAGAUGAUCAAAACUGUGGAGAAAAAAAUAUAAGCAUGUAAGAUAUUUUAUUCUGCUGCUUUGCAACAUAAGCCCUGAAAUUUAACUGACUUUGGGCAAAUAAUUCAUCUUUUCUCAUUGCCUGUUAAGUGAGAGCCUAAUAUGUACUGUAAAGAUUUACACCUUUGUCUGACACACAGAAGCUGCUCAGCCAUGAUAUCUUAUUAAAUUCUUUAAAGAUUUUUACAUCCUCACAACUGAAAACUCUAAUACUGUGAAGUAUUUAUAAUAUUAUCACUUCCUUUUAGUAGUUAUUCAUCAUAAUUUUUCAGCCUUCGAGCACGUGAAGGAUGACACUGUCACAGAUGCUUAGUAAAACAGUCACACCCUGGAGUUACUUGAUAGUGCAACAACAAACCAUCUCUGUGUACCUGGUUUCUCAGAGCCCUUAAAAUACAAACUAUUGGCCUUAUUAAUUGCAUUGUGUAUGUUUGACAUUGUUUUUAGUACACCGAAUGCUUACUUCUUCAGAUUGCUUAUAACUCGUAUUGUUGGGCUUAUGUUUAGCUGAAUGUGAUAAACAGAAAUCUGUUCACCUCUGGGAGCAGCAGUCCAGGCUAGGAGAGAAGUCCAUGUACCUAUGACCUCCAUGUUCCUUCUGUCCAGAAACUAACCUUUUAGUUCCUUGGGGCUCAGAUUGACCAAUACCUGUGUUUUCCUCAUUCGAAAGCAGGGCUGCAGUUCCAGAUAUUACACUUGCUUUUCAUAUGGGAAGAAGACAGAGGGUCAAAAAUCCUUCUCUGUUAAGGACUUCCCAGAGGCAUAAUUCACUGCUUCCUGUUCCACUUCACUGGUCAACAUCUAGACAUCCAGACAUUUGGCCACAUUAGCACAAAAGGGGUUAAGAAAAGCUAUCCUUCGGAGUGGUUGACUUUCCCAAAUAUAUUUGGGCUGUAGUUACUGAGAAGAAAAAUAGAUGUUGAGGCUUUGGGGUGGUUUUUGUUUUUUAUUUGGGGUUGGUUGGUUGGUUGGUUGGUUGGGGAUUUUGAGUUGGUCAACUUAUAAUCUCUUAUCACCCCAGGCCCUCAAAGACCAAAGGCCUGAAAUAGAGCUGGUUUAGAGGAGGCUGAAAGGUUGUAUUCAUGUUGAGUGUGACACAAAAGUAGCUCCAGGCCUUGAUCCUGGGGAAGCAGAAGUGGACAGCUGCUGCCAUCUCAGCUUCCUUCUGAUGUCUCCAAAACGGAUGAGACGAGAAUACUCAGUAAGGUAUUUGUACAAAUAAAGCAUUCCCUUUCCAGAAACACCCUUCUGCACAGCACACACGUAUCAUUUUACACGUGACAGCUACUGCAAAGUUCGCCAUAGCUGACAGCUCUCUCAAGUUACAAAGAUUCUGUUUUGUAGGUAACUAAAUGCUUCAUAACAGCCAACCAGAAAUUUCAAUCCUUUUUUUUAGCAUUACUACCCUCUUGUAUCUUUAUCCCAAUAUUUAGGCUUCACCAAUGACCUCAGAGGUAAAGUCAGGAUGUUUAGUUGAAAAGAAAUUACAGACUGCAGCUUUAUCUUACAAGUAGUCCAGUGGCUGAGCAUCCUGCUCUGUGCAGGGGUCUUCUUUUGUAGCCUGGUGCCACCUCUUACCAGAAACGUGAUACUGAAGAUAAUGGAAGCUUUUCAGGCAUCCCGGACAAUAAAGACACAGAUGCAUUCUGAUUGUGAAGUACUAUUAUUAGGCCCAGACUUGACAAUUCUCCACUAUUGUUAGCCGGUUACAUUGCAUGUUGAAUCUUGAUUUUGAUUUAGGAAUAUUUUAUUUCCAUAUUAUAAAUAAAGUACAGUUUUAAAAUAAUUUUAUUUUUUACUGGGGGAAAUUACCAAAUGAAUAUUUAAUGGUUGCCAAGGUAGAUAGCAGCAAAUUGUUAUAGCACACGAAUCACAUCCAUAAAAGUGAAGAGAAUUUUAGGUUUCUAACACGAUACAUACCCAUUUCUCAUGUUCCUAAGUGCUGGCCAUUUGUCAGUUCCCUUUCUGUCCUACUCUGCCUGUCUGCCUUUUUUUGUUCUCUUCCUGCCUCUCCCAUCAGUACCCCCAAGCCCAAAACCCUGGGAAGAAGGAAUGAGAUGCCAAAGCAAGUAUGUGAGCAAAGAUCUACUGACACCCCACAUUUGGCCGUCUGUGCACAGCUGCUAGCAGAUGGGGUGAACCCAUUCCCGUAACUCUCACCUACUUGCAGUCUCAAACUUGGACUUGGCAUCUCACCAAAGGGGCUUCUAUUUGCACAACCAGUCUUUAUGAUGGAAAUGGGGGAAUCCUUGCUGCUGGUUUUGUUUUGGUGUCUUUCUCUAGAUCAAAUCUCUUUCAUUUAAAAUCUUUGAUUUUGGAGAUGGUGUUAAUUAAAUGCAAACAAGCUGAUGUUUGUUUCUCAUGGAUGUGUUCCCUGAUAAUUUACCAAAAUAAGUAGCAAAGUGUGCAAAUUUCUUCUAUGCAGCAGGUCCUAGCAAACAUACCCAGCAGUCUGUGAGCCAGGGAAGAGCCUCAGCCACCAGAUGAAGCCAGGCUGCUGCCUGCAGCUGGUUCUGAGAUGCCAGGAAAGCAAGUCCCAGGGAGUCAGCUAUUGGCAACUUGCUUUUGUAACUAAAGUGACUACUAAUUCGUGCCUUUCAUCUAGCUCCAAGGUCACCCAUGACACACAGUGGGAACUUUGUAGGUUAUUGUUAUUCGUUCAAGAACUCUCCCCACUGUUGUUUGAGGAGAGGUUUCCAAAUGCUGCUUUCGACAUGGUGACAGGAUGUCAUACAGGUGGCAAAGAACCAAGUUGAAUGGAAAAGAUAAUUUUUAUCUAAGCUCAUGUCCUCACACUACACUGCUCCACUGGAAGAGUGAGGCAUUGGGUGGUCCAUGGGAAGGUGGAUACACAGAAUUUGGUUAAAUUUCCAUAAUGAAUCUGUGUUCCCUGAGGAUGAAAAUUCUAAAUUAAGUCAAAAAUCUUAAGGCCAGUGUUGGAGGCAAGCAGUUGGGAGCUUAGGUGACCCACUUUCCAAUCCUCUUGAACUCGAUCUUUAAAAUCCUGAGGAAGAAAAAACAAGAAGUGUAUUUGUGUAAAGAGACUCAGAUCUCACUUUUCUCUUAGUCUCUUAACUCCUAGUGAUGGGAAAAGUGCACCCCCAGCUUCUGGAUCACCAGCGUGGUGACUUCCAGGCACACACUUCUGCCUCCUUAGUCCUAACAAAUCUGGAAUCUGACUGUGUCUCUUGCUGUUGACCUUGGGUUCAUGUUUCUUAACUCAGUUUCCUCAUCUGUAAAAUGAAGAUCCUACCUGUUUUCCAGCACUGACAGAAGUGCUUACUUUUUCUGGACCUCAAGGAUUCAGUAGGUUUGGGACUGGAGAUGGGCUGAAGAGCAAGAGACUACAACACCCAGUUGAUUUUGCAGUGAUUAUCAGAAAAAAACAUUGCACACUCUGGAUGUAGUCAUGUUUGCAAAUAAAUGUCCUAUCUUAUACUAGUGAAAAGUUUUGUACUACUGACACCUGGAGGAGUCAGUAAUUAAAUAUUGGGGAUUUCGUGUUUUCUUCCCACACUCCUGGGGCAUGCAAAACCUGCUCUGAAGUUUUCAUAUAUAAAAUCACUUUGUAAAUAAAGCGCGGUUAAUAUUUCUAGCAAUACCAUGUACACGCAUGUAAGAGAUUUGCAUUGUGCUUGAAAUACCUUGACACCACUCACCUGUGACAAUGCAUGCUCACCUGUACUGCCCUUGACUCUGGUAUGUAGCAGGCUUCUGUAUUUACUGCUUUUAGGCAUUUUAGAGUAAUUAAUAUAAAACUAGGAUAAAUUCAAACCUAGAGACACAAAGGAAGGUAGAGAAUUUUAUUCCUCUCAGCAAAAUUUCAUAAUCCAAACUCAAAUGGGAGAAACUGUUGAAAGACAGACUGGUUAAAAUAUUUGUUUAAUAGGAAUGUUGCUACUUGAAUGGGAAAACAAUACAGUGAAUGUCUGUUGACCUGAAUCACCAAUUUAAAUAAAAAAUUUCGAGGCUGGGGAUGUGGAUCAGUGGUAAAGCAUUUGGAUAGCACGUGUGAAACCCUGCAUUUGAUCGCCAGUAGAAAAACAAAUUUCAUGUCCAGGUUCUAUUCACCCUUCUCCAGUCCUCCAAAAUAUUCCUAAAGUUAUGAAGAUGUGUGUAUUUAAACCUCAGGCCUUACAGGAGGAGGGAAGAUUUUUCACACCAAAAAGGGUUCAUGGUCUCUGCUCAUCAACUGAUGUCCAGUCUGCCAUGUCAAUGCUUGAAACAAAAAGUUUAAAUUUCAACAAAUUUAUGAAAUCAUAAGAUUCAGCCUGCAAGAUUUUCAUGACAUCAGUCAUCAGCCAGGGGACAAACCAGUGAAGACUGCAAUAAUGUUUAAAUGAAAACUUUAUUGGGAAAAAACAUUGAGAAGGAGAAAUACCUGCAGAGAAAUUAUUUUAAAGAUGAUUUGCUAAGUUAUACUUGAUAUACAAGUCAUUUAAUGAUAAUACCUGAGAGCUACUAAACUUUUUUAUAUAUCUUUAUAGGUGCAAAUAUAGCUUAACUUAUUUAAAAAGAAACACACUUGUUAAACCUUUAGUCCUGUCAGCUCCUUUUCUCAUCCUGAUCAUGCAUCACCUCCUUUAAAUCCACCAUGGCUAUGAUUGCCACAACCCCAUACAGCUGGGGGAAAUGGAGAUCAAAAAGUUAAAUACUUUGUGAACAGUCAUAAAACCCAUCAGUGACACAGUCCCAACUUGGCCUAGAGUGCACAAAUCCUGGUGCUUUUGAGGACUGUUAUUACCUCUCUCUGUCUAUGAGCUGUCACCUUCAGAUUCAACCAGUUGAAAAACAAUGCAUCUGUACCGAAUAUAGAUGAAUAAAGAUGUUUGUACCUUGCUAUUAUUUCCUCAACAGUACAUUAUCCAUAGCAAGUACACUGUGGUAGGUAUAAUAACUAUAUAUGAUUUAUGCAGGCUGUACAUUGGUUACAUGCAAAUACAAUGCUAUUUUAUAUCAGGACCUGCACAUCCCAGGAGUUUAGUAUCCGAGGGGAUCCUGGACCCAAUCUCCCACCGAUAGGAUGCUGAAAUACUGUUUAAAUGAUACAACCACACUAUGGAAAUGCCCUUGUUGGACACAAAUAAGGGCUGAGUCAUAAUGUGAGCUUUCCUCAGAGACUGGAAAUUUCUCAGAAAAUUCUUCAUUAUUUCUGGGAAUGUGCAACCAUCAAUAAAGUCAAUGUGAAGCUCUGAAAGACAAGAGAACAUUAGAACAAAGUAAUAGGGAUCAGGAAAACUCACUCUUGCAAAUGUAAAGUUAAUAUAUAUUACCAUUAGGGAAUGGUUGCUUUUUCCUUUUUAUUUUUUUGAUUCUAAGGAAGAUUUUUUAUAAAGAAUAGAAAGUCUAGCCAAGGCCUCACCUAUAAAAUCUCUGAGCCUGCUCACUGGCAAUGUAUUUUUCCAUUGGUUGUAGGACCAUGAUCUUCGCUAUCCUACAAGGCAAGAGGAAGCCCUCCUGGGCCAUCCGUACUCACCUGUGACUGUCCCGUGUAGCUUGAGGUUCAUUUCUUCACUCAUGUGCAGAGCAGAGGAGACAGCUGUUCCUUCCUCUGGGCUGUCAUGAAACUAAUAAUAAAUGCUACAUAUGAUGGUUUCACUUAGCCAAGGUUACUAGACCACUUCUGUGAAUAACUUUCAGUAAAUCUUGAUUGAUAUUCAUUGAAACCUCUCAAUGCUUCUAAAAACAAUAGUGUCCAAAGUAGAUAAAUUCUUUUCUGUCAACAUCAUUAAUUAUCAUUAUAAGUCCAAAAAUGCAACUUGGGGAUACUUAAAUUCUAGUACCGAUUUUAUUCUCAUUCUUUUCAUCAGUUAACUGCAGGGCACCCAGGAAUUUAUGUUUACUUAAAAAUUUGAGUCAUUGCAUUUGAAGUGAGUCCCUGAAAAUCCCUGAUUAAAAUUAAUCCUUUUCUUUUUCCUCAUUUUAUUUAUUUACUUUUCAAAUCCAUUUUAUUUCAAGGAAAAAAGAAAAAUUAACACAAAAUUUCAAAACAUGACAAUUAGGGGGCAACAAUGGUACUGCUCAUUGUCAUCCCCAAAUCAUUCACCUGGAGCACAAAAUAUCUGAAAUCAAUUGUCCAAACAAUACCAGCACAAAUCUUUCUCUUCAGUGAACUUAGAGAAAGCAGUAGGAUAACUAUCUUAGUUUUUUAUAUACAUGCACAUACAUACACAUAUAAAUAUGUUGUUUCCUUCAGCUUCUCUAGUGAGAAUAUGUUUACACGUGUCUUAUUUUCACUAACGAGGAUGGUCUCAAGUUGCAUCCAUUUACCUAUAAAAAUCUCUAGUUUAUCCUUUAUGGCUGAGUAGUACUCCAUUGUAUAAAAAUACCACAUCUUUUUUAUCCAUUCCUCAGUGGAUGGGCAUUUACGUUGUUUCCAAGAUCUGGCUAUUGCAAGUUGUGCUGCUAUAAACAUGGGUGCACACAUAUUGCAGUAGUUUGACAUUUUUAAUUAUUUUGGGAAGAUACCCAGAAGGGGAAUAGCUGGGCCGAAUGGGACAACUAGUCCUAGUUUUUUGAGGAUUUCCACAGUGGUUUCACCAGUCUGCCUUCCCACCAACAGUGGAUGGAGAAGGGUUCCCUUAGCCCCAGAGCUACAGCAUUUGUUAUUGCUUGAUUUCUUAAUACUAGUCAUUCUUCCUGGGGUGAGGUGGAAUCUCAGUGUUGUUUUAAUUUACAUCUCCCAAAUAACCAGUGAUGUUGAACAUUUUUUCAAAUAUUUAUUUGCUGUUUGUAUUUUUUCAUCUGAGAAGUGUGUAUUCAUCUCAGAUGCCCAUUUUUGGAUUGGAUCUUUAAACUGGGAGGACUGAUUUUUUUUCUUAAUAUGUUCUCAAUAAAAUAGUCCUUUGUCUGAGGUACAGCCAGCAAACAUUUUCUCCCACUUUGUAGGUUAUUUCUUCACUCAGUUGGCGAUUUCUCUAUUGCUGUGCAAAAGCUUUUCAGUAGGGUGAGAUCCCAGUUGUUGAUUCUUUGUGGUAGUUCCUGUGCAGCUGGGGUUUUGUUCAUAAAGUCUUUGCAUGCACCAAUGUUUGCAAGAGUUUUACCUACUCUAACUUCUAGCAAAUUUAAUGUUUCUGUUUUAAUAUUAAGACCUUUGAUCCAUUCUGAUUUUAGCUUAGUGCAUGGUAAAGAUAUGGGUCCAGUUUUAAUCUUUGGCAUGUGUAAAAUCAGUUUCUCUAGGACCAUUUAGAAUAGAGGCUUUCGUCACGUAAAUGAAUGUGUUUGGCACCUUUGUCAAAGAUAAGGUGGCUGAGUGCUUCUCAAGUUGUUGCCACAUCUUCUAAUCUGUUCCAAUGAUCUUCGGAUCUGGGUUUUUUGUUGUUGUUGUUGUUGUUGUUGUUGUUGUUUUGGUUUUUUUUUUUUUUGUCAGUGCCACCCUGUUUUUAAUCACAGUAACUUUAUAGUAUAAUUUCAAAUCUGGAAUUGUGAUAUCCCAAGUCUUGUCUUUUUGCUGAGGACUGUCUUUUAUAUUCUAGGUCUCUUCUUUUUCCAGAUAAAUUUUAGAAUUGUUUUCUCUAAUUGAGAUAUGGUAUUUUGAUUGGAAUUGCAUUGAAUCUGUAUAACAAUUUUAGAAGUAUGGCCAUUUUCACUGUAUUGGUUCUUCCUACCCAAGAGCACAGGGUAUCUAUUUUCUAAUAUGCUCUUCAAUCUCCUGUUUCAGAGUAUUUUAGUUUUCAAUGUAGAGGUCUUUUACAUCCUUUGUUAGAUUGAUUCCUCGGUAUUUCAUUUUUUUUUUUGAAUGCUAUUGUAAAAGAUGUUGUUUCCAUGAUUUCUCUCUCAAUGAGUUUGUUAUUUUUGUAUAGGAAGGCCAUUGAUUUUUGAGUGUUGAGUUUGUAUCCCACUGUGUUACUGAAUUUGCUUAUUGAACCUAGUAGUCUUUGGUGGAGUUUUCUAUAUAGGGUAUCAUGUCAUCUGCAAAUAAUAAUUGUUUAACUUCUUCCUUUCCUUUAUUUAUUUUAUUUCUUUCCCUUGUCUAAUUGCUCCAGCUAAAGUUUCUAGGACUAUGUUGAGUAAGAGCUGAAUAAGACAUCCUUGUCUUGUUCCUGAUUUUAGAGAGAAAGCUACCGGUUUUCAUCCAUUUAAUGUGAUGUUGGCUGUUGGUAUGUCAUAGAUGGCUUUUAUCAGAUUGAGAUAAAGACCAUGUAUUCCAAAUGUGUGUAGGGGUUUUUAUCAUGAAUGUGUUCCAGACUUUGUCAAAAGCUUUUUCUGCAUCCGUUCAAAUGAUCAUAUGAUUUUUGUCCUUAGCUGUGUUAUUACGGUGUAUUGUAUUUAAGGAUUUAUGUAUGUUGAACCAUCCCUGCAUCCCUGGGAUGAAUCCCACUUGAUCAUGGUGUAUAAUCAUACUGAUGAUUUGCUGCAGUCUGUUUGCUAGUAUCUUAUUGGGAAGUUUUGCAUUAGUGUUCAUUAGUACAAUUGGCCUAUAAUUCUCUUUCAUUAGUUGGGUUCUUCUCUGGUUUUGAUAUCAAGAUAAUACUUGCUUCCAGUAAUGAAUGUGGAAGUAUUGCUUCCCUUUCACUUUCAUUAAAGAGUCUUGAGUGUAACCGUGCUAGGUGUAGUCUCUAAAUUUCUUGUAGAAUUCAGCAGUGAAUCCAUCAGGACCUGGGCUUUUCUUUGUUGAUAGGUUUUUAAUUACAUCUUCAGUUUCAUUGAUUGAUAUUAGUUUAUUUAGGGUUUUUAUAUCUUCUUGAUUCAACUUUGGUAGUUCAUAUGUAUCUAGGAAUUUGUCCAUUUCUUUUGUAUUUUCCAUCUUUUUAGAAUACAAGUUUACAAAGUAGGAAUAGAUGAUCUUCUGGAUUUCUGCAAGGUCUAUUGUGAUUUCACCCUUUUAAUUCUAAAUUGCAUGGAUUUAAGUUUUUUCUUUCCUUUUUAUGAUAAGGUCAGCUAAGGGUUUGUCAGUUUUAUUUUAUUUUUCAAAGAAUCAACUCUUCAAUUCAUUGAUACUUUGUAUUACUUUUUUAGUCUCCAAUGUGUAAAAUUCUGCUCUGAUCUUUAUAAUUUCCUCCCUCAUCCUAGGCUACUAGGAUGCUAGUAGCCUGCUCUUCUUUUUCUAGAAGUUUGAAGUUCAGCAUUGUUUUUAUGUUGUUGCUCUAUUUUCCUGAUAUGAGUAUUUUUUGCUAUAAAUUUCUCUCUUAAGACUGCUUUCAUUGUGUCCACAAGUUCUGGUAUGUUGUAUUAUCAUUCAACUGCAAAAUCUGUCUAACUUCUUCUUUAAUUUCAUCUGUGACUCACUGGUUGUUCAGUAAGGUUCUAUUUAAUUUCCAAGUAUUUACAAACUUCUUAUGGUAUCUUUUGCCAUGGAUUUCCAAUUUCAUUGCACUGCAGUGUGAUGGUAUGCAUGGGAUAAUUUCAAUUCCUUGCAUUUACUUAAGCAUGUUCUGUAAGCCAGUAUAUGGUCUAUUUUGAAGAACAUUCCAUGUGCAGCUGAGAAGAAUGUGUAUUCUGAUGUUGAGGGGUGAAGCACUCUAUACACAUCUACUAAAUCCAUGCUCAAAAGUUUCAUUCAGUCCUAACAUUUCAUUAUUGAUUUUUUUGUUCAGUUGAUAAAUCUUUUUGUGGCAAUGGGGUAUUGAGGUCUUCUAAUACAAUCGUAUUAGGGCAUGAUUUGUCAUGUCCAUUAAUAGUUUUAUAUAGUUCAAUGUACUGGUAUUUGUUGCAUAUAAAUUUAUGAUUGUUACCUCUUCCUCUUGGAUUAUUCCCUUUAUAAGGAUGUAGUGACCUUUAUCUUAAUCAUUCUUGGACUCCACUUUGUCUGCAAAAAAAAUAGCUACCCCUGCUUUUGCUGGAUUCCUGUCACAUAGAAUAUUGUUGUCCAUCCUUUGGCUCUCAGUCUUUGAAUUCCUUUUUGAAUUUAGUGUAUUUCUUGUAUGCAGCUUGUUGUUAGAUCUUGCUUCUUGAUCCAUUCUGCCAGUCUUUGUCUUUUGACUGGUGAAUUGAGACCAUUAGCACUGAUGAUUAUAACUGAUAUGUAUUGACUUAUCCUUGUCAUAUUAUUUUCCUGUUUUUUCCCUUCCCUCUAGUUGUUUGCCUUCCCUGUUGGUGUUCAUGGAACUGUAGUCUUUAUUAUCUCUUUCUUCAAUGUCCUUCAGAGCAUGAUGGAGUGCUGGUUUGGUAGUCAUAAAUUUCCUCAGAUGUUCUUUGUCAUGGAAAUAUCUUAUUUCAUCAAUUUUGAAAGAUAGUUUUGCAGAACACAUCAAUCUGGAUUGAAGCUAUCUUCCUUUAGAACUUGGAGUACUUCACUCCAAGCUCUCUUUGACUUGAGAGUUUGUGCCGAGAAGUCAGCUAUAAUUCUGAUGGGCUUUCCUUUGUAGGUGAUUUGUUUCUUUAAUAGCUUUUGGAAUUCUAUUCUUGUGUUGAAUUUCUGGAAUCUUGACCAUGAUAUGCAUUUUUGUUUUUGUUUUAUCAGUGCUAAUUGGAAUUCUGUGUGCCUUGUUUAUCUGAAUGUCAGAUUAUUUUUAUCUACCAGGAAAGUUUUCUGUCAUGAUGUCUGUGAACAUUUUUUAAAUGUCACUUGUGGUAUCACCUGCUUUUUCAUUAAUUCCAGUCAACCUUAAGUUAUUCAUCUUUGUCUCAUCUAGAACAUGCCAGAUUGAUUUCUCAUGGUCCCUGGAUAUUUUUUGAGAAAUCUUUCUUUUCCUGGUUGCUAACUGCAAGCCUGUCUUCAAUAUCUGAGAUCCUGUCCUCACACUGGCCUAAUCUGCUUUGAAUACUUUCAAUAGAAUUUUUAUUCUCCUGGAUGUCUAUUUGAAUCUGCUUAAUGGAUUCCAUUUCUUUCCUGUUCUGGGCUUCCAUAAUUCUCUUAAGCUUGUCUAUCUUGGUUUUUGUCUGUGUGUGCUCUAACCUCACUAAGCAUGGUGUGUAUUUUAUUAUCUUUGUAGUUACCAGAGAGAUUACUUCAUUUUUUCCAGGGCCUCUUUCAAUUACUUUGUUGUUAACACUUCAGAGAGGCCUGAUGGGGGGUUUUCAGAUUUGUCCCACCUCAUUGCUCCCUAGAUUUGUCUUUUGUGAACUGAAUGUCUGGUGUUGCAUUUUGCUUAAGUGUCUUCUCAUUUUCUUUUCUCUUUUUUUAGUUUAGUUCCUGGGAUGAUGCUUGUAAAUUGCCUAUGGUGGGUUGCUUUAUUGCUAGUAUUUAGGACCCUUAAGUGAUGACUACUUCUCUGAGGUAUCUUCCAAAUGUAGCUGGUUUUGGGGUUUUAUGACAGUUGGAAGAUCUUACCUCUUCUGCUUGAUAGAGAUGAGAAGUUGUUGCUUAUUUGGCCUAGUCCCUGGUUCUUUGGCACUGUGCCACAGUAUUUCUGUGACUCUUAGUCAAUCUCAGUCAUGGGAUACCAGGACUGACAGCUCCAGCCAGUGCAGUCCUCCAUGUCCAUUGCUCCCCUUCAUUGCCAUGUCUCUCUGUAGAGGCCUCUGAGGUCUCCACCCUUCCCAUCAUCAUGGCCCUGCAUCCUCAGGUUUAACUAGCUCCUCUCAUGCAAUGAGUCCAGUUUCAGGGAGAAGUGCCACCAGCUACCGCCUUCUUCUUUAUUGAAGUUUUUCUUUUCACUGUCUCUGUGUGUGUCGACGUGCACUUCAGAUUCUUCCAGGUUCCAAAGGACCUGCUUCCCUCCUUGCUUGUCUUCCUCAUGAUGCUACAUUCCAGUGUCUGGAUGGUGACUCCCAGAGAGGCUGUUUGCUCUGCUGCUUACCACUCCACCAUCUUCCUAGCAUGAUCUAUUUAUUUUUUUCUUCUUGCCCUAAAUAAAUUUUUACAACAUGAAUGUUUACUGCAAAACAAAACCUUGAGAGGGAUAGGAGUGUGGUUUGGUUAUUUUGAGAGAUUGUAUUGGUUUGGAUUUUAUUUAAUAUGGCAUUUUUUAUGGCUUUUUUUGGAUUUGGCCAAUUUUCAUGCACAAUAAGCAAAACCAUAUAUGUUGCAAUUUGAGUAUAAUAUUAUGACUCCAAGAGCAUUUUGUUAUUUCUCAGCUAAGAUUAACUUGGAAAUAAAAAUAAGUUAAAUUUUUUUAACUCACUGAGAUGCCCAUAUUACCAUAAGAGUGAUAAGAUAAAAUUUCAACCUGGACAAACAGAAAAAGCAUGCCUCUUAUCUUUUAGAUCCAGAUCCAUUCAGUAUUAGAGAAAGAAAUUCUUUCCCUCAAAUAAGGUUUAUGACGUGGCACCAUAAGUCUCUGGCCUGAUGUGCGGUAUAACUUAUCUUGUCCCUGGUUCUUCUGCAGUUCAUCUUCAAAAGCUAAGCAGUGGCAAUGUGGCAGGAACAUCAAGAGUGUUGACUCUCGUGUGGUCAGACUCCCAUUGUUUAUCUCACAAAGAGUGCCAGAGCUUGGCAGCUCCUUAUUCUAUGUAAUCUUAGUGACAGUAGAGUGAGUGAGUACCAACGGUAUCUGGCCCUGUGCAAAGUGCAUGACACAUCCAAGCUCAGCUCAAGGCAUGUGUUUCCUUCAUUCUGUUGUUAAAAAUUUGUGGUCCAAAGAGUUUAAGAUGCCCCAAAGCCUCUGAGUGCCAAAUCUGUGCUCUUGCUAAGAGUUAUAAUAAUGAGCCUUGUGCUAAGUCAAGGCAAGUUGUAGAAUAUGAUUCUGAGGAGACCAAGGGGAGUGGUAUUAUGAGAGACUUUUAGAGCAGGAACACACUAUGGUGGCAUUCCUGGUCACAGAGCCAAGGCAGCUCUGGAGCGUCUCACCACAGAACUGGAUUCCAGGGCUUCAUGAACCCUGUGCCUCUGUGACUCCUCAUUAAUUUAUUUGUCUGUGAAUAACUAACUGCAUUGGUCAUGAGAUUUGUGUAUUGUGGUGAUUGUUGUUACUAGUGACAGCAAAACUAUGUAAGGAAAGGGGAAAUACCCUUGAUGUGUUCAGAGAACAAAAGGGCAGUUGUGCCACAGGGCCCCAAAGCAACCAGGACUCAUCUUCACUUUGCUUUUUUCCUUCCUUUCCUCAAAGCAUCAGGCCCCCACCAGAAAAAUAAACCACUUUGUCCAACUGCAGUUUUCAGACGUCCCAGGGAGUGGCUCCUUGAAGCCAGAUUGCAGUUGAGCUGUUUGCUCACCUGGCCAUGUCCGGUUAUGACCAGGGGGCAGGGUACCCAGCAGCAGUCUAGGAGGAAGGAGAGAAGCUUCCCAGAAGAGAAGUUCUCUAGACAUCCUGCCUCUCCAUGCUCAGGUUUUCUUUUUACUCUUGGCCUGUGCCUCUUCAGAAGGUGGGCUCUCCUUCCCUCUGUGACCCAACUAUGAUGACUUCUGAUGCUAAUAGGCUAUGUUCAGAGCAAGAGACUCAGUGUCUCAGCUAGAUCUCUAGUUAAAGAACAGAUGCACAAACCUACUACCAAGUACUAUGGCUAAAACCCAUGCCAAAAUUUUAUUUUCAACGUGUCUUAGUUACUUUUCUCUUGUUGCUGAGAUAAAAUACCCAACACCAAAAAUUAAGGAAGGAAGGUUUAUUUAGCUUACACUUUGUGGAGGUUUUAGUCUAUAAACAACUGGCCUCAAGUCAGGGUGGCAUGGUGCAGGGCCAACAGUUCUGGCAGUGGAAGACAGCAAAAGCAGCAAGAGCAAAAAAGGUGUUGAUCAACCCUCUUUUCCUCCCUUACCACUCUCUAAGUCAGGUGUAGCACUCACACAAUCUCCCUACCUUUCUCUUGCACAGGAUGAGGAUGUUUACAAAGUGAGGACCCUGGCCCCCUACUGAGUUUAGUUAAAAUUUAGUUCAGUUAAAGUUCUAAAGUUCUUGAGAUGCCAGCCCCUUCCUGUUAGUCUGUGCCAUUUGUGGGCCACAGGGAGGAGAAGAAGAAGCCAGCCACUCCCUGUGAGUUAGUGCCAUGCACAAGCCAUGGGCAGAACACACGCCAGCCCCUCCUGAUGCACAGGCUGGGAGACAAGAAGAGCCAAAAUUUCCCCCUCCCCCUUGAGCAACUGGCUGAUCUGGAGAAACACAGGCUAACAUGAUGGCUAUUGAGGUAAAAUACAACCUAAUGCUUAUAGUGCUUAGUGUUUCAUUACAGGCUUAAAACUGGUAAUCUGAUCAUCUGUUUAGAGGAUAACAAGAUGAAAUAUAGCAUAGAUGGGAGAUCUCCUUCUGAAGGUGGUAACCAUUGUUAAUUCCCUAUUAUCUUGUUGUAAAGUCCUGCAUAAAUUUCAUUGUUUGGUUUGGUUUGGUUUUAUUCUUUUUUUUCUUGUUUAGUUCUGAUGGCAUGAGUAGCUGUUUCAAAUAUAACCAGUUAUAUUAA